AUGGAAGAGGAGGCGCCAAAAAAGCCGAGGCCAUUCUUAAGGAAGGGACAAGAGUUACCAUCCUCCGCUAGGAGAGAUCUGGAUAGCGGAAUAUCGAACGAAGGAGUUUCUCCUUUUGGAGACGAUUCAAGACCACCAACAAUGUCGUCGUAUCGGGCCGACUCGGCACAAAACAGUGUCUCGCCUGGAUUUACAAGAACACAGCCGUCAGUCCUAGAAGAACAAGACCUCGAAAUAGAAAAACCACCCGAGGAAGAUGUUGAGGAGGUCUCCGCUCUUCAACCGUCAAAUCGCCCGCCGUCGUUUAUUCCAGAUUCCGCGUACAGUACCACUCCAAUGUCGACGAGCUGUUCGAUAGUUUCUGAUGAGCAGCGAAAAUAUCGACAAGAAGCAAAAGAUAUUUCACAAAGAGCUAAACUCAUAGCAAGUCUUGAUUCGAUGUCCCCAGGAUCAUCUUCUGGUAUUUCGACGCCCCUCGGCGCCAGCACACCGAUAACUGAUUUGAUGCAAAAUAAUCCAUCAAAAAGCACAAACAGCAUCGAAUUGAAUAUGGUCACGCCCCAGGCAAUAAGGCCUUUCACUUCGAAUCGAGUCAAUAUUAAUAAUGAUGUAAAUGCGGCAGCUCAAACCGGUGCUAGUUUAAUCAGCCAUCGUCCAGCUCCAUCUAGACCAGUGGCAAAAAAUUUUCAUCAAAAUUUUUUCCACGAUUAUCAUCAUCCGAAACAUCAAAAAGAAAAUAUUGGGCUUCGAACGAUCCCAGAGGAUGUUCGAGAAAGCCCUAGAAAACGUUAUACGAACGCCGAAAAAAACCUGAUGAUACAACUACGAGAUGCAAUCGCUCAUGUUGAUUUUGCUGAUGAACAAUUGAGGCGAACUGCAACGAAGAUAAAAGAUGAUUAUGUCAAGCUAACUGAAAAGCUUAAUGCUGAUUAUGAAAUGAAGGAAAAAGCGUUAGAAGAAGAGUUUAAGCGAAAAAUUGAAGAUUUGGAAGAAGAUCAGCGAAUGGAGGCGGAAAGAAUGAAAAGAGAACGAAGAGAUAUUGAACGUGACAGAAAAUCGCUACAAAAGGAAACCGGUGAAAGAGACAAAGAAAGAAACAAACUGAUAGAAGAUCAACGAAAGAGAAUAUCGGAUCUCGAAACACAAAUGGCGAAGUUUCGACACGAAAUCCGUAGUAGAGAUGAGAAAAUUCGCGCAAAGGACGAGGAAUUGGAAAAGCAAGCAAAAGAACUCGAGCGCAGCAAAAAGAACUGUUUGAUAAUGGAAAAGAGGAUUCGUCAAAUGCGUGCCGAAAAAGAAAAAUCAGCUAGAGAAGAGGAAUUGUUCGCGAAAGCGGCAAUAACGAACAGAAAAUGCAACAACUAUUCAAGAGCUCCAGACAUUGUCGCGAUUCCUGAAAUGAAUAGUCGGCCAAAUCGAGAUUCGCGAACUGUUAGUUGGGCAGACUCCGAACCGAAAUUCUGCGAGCCGACAGUUAAUAAAGAUGCGAUAAUGCGUCCCGCUGAAAAAGGAAUCGGUGAGUGGGGGCCGUUUGUGAUUUACCGCGACGGAAUUGGAAAUUUCUCGAAAGUCACGGAUACGAUAGAAAAUGGGCGAUUGUUUGAAUACAAGAAUGGAGAUAAACGAUGGAUAAACUCGCAAAAGUCGAUUAUUUGGAAUUUCUUCGCGAUUGACGGAGCUGUUCAACUUGAGUUGGCCCACGCUGAUAUCAUGCUUAGAUUUUACGUAAACCGACAGAUGGAGAUUUGGCGGCCGAACGACAUGAUCUCGCUUGUUAGUUAUCAUCGAAAUCAAAUUCGUACAGAAGUAAUGCAAAAGGAGAACGGAGAAUACUUUUCCGAACUGUACGACCGAAAUGGAAAUGUUAUUAUAAGAGAUAUGAUUCGACCUGACGUUAUCCGAAGAUACGAAGCCGGCCGGAAGUACACCUUCCGUGAUAGCCAGACGAGAUAUGUUCAGAUUCAGUCCUACGACGAUUUUGAAUUUGUUGAACCCGAGUUUCGACUGCGAUGGUGUCGAGGAGCGAUGAUUGGCUGCAAAAUCUUCGCAAAGAAUCCCGGAAAUGAGAAGACCCUGAAGCUUGAACUCAAUAUCGAAACUGGCGAAGGAAAAUUGGAGUCUAAUGCGAUCGUGUUUCUCUCUUUUGUCGGCAUUGCCCACUUGUUGGAGCACGGCCAACAGGAAGAAGAAGUGGUGAUGAUCCCACAGAUGACCGAUGAUGGAAGGCAAGUGUUUGUCAUCGAUUUAAGCGACAUCGAUCACGCAAAUGGAGCUGAGGUUCCCCGCAAUUUGACCGAAGAAGAUACCAAGAUUAUACCAACCAACAUUGAUUUCGCUGCGUUGAAAGAAGUUUACGCGAAAGAAAACAAAGGAGAGCGUUUUCUUCAAUCUCGACUCUUUUUUGAUGAUAAGAAGAGGAGAAAGUAA